AUGGCAAACGACCUGACCUCCGCCCUAGAGCACGCGGGUGGAAAUGGCCAGAAAACGGAGGGAAUCUCAAUCAAGACGUUUGUGGCGUCACUGGCUACCGCUAUAAUAAUUUUCACUAUUGAAUUUCUCCUGUUCCUGCUUCUCAAAGGGAAGCUCACUCGCAUCUACCAACCUCGAACGUACCUCGUCCCUGAUAGAGAGCGAACCGAACCGUCCCCACCAGGUCUCUUCAAAUGGAUAAUCCCAAUCUUCAGCACGUCAAGCUCCGCCUUUAUCCAGAAAUGUGGCCUGGACGCCUACUUCUUCCUGCGAUACCUGCGUAUGCUCCUUAAAAUAUUCGUCCCUCUCGCUGUUAUUAUACUGCCGACGCUGUUACCGUUGAAUAAGAUUGGCGGAAAAGAUCGAACCUACAAGAAUGGGACCGACACAGGGGACAGGUGGAAUGUGACUGGAUUAGACCAGCUGGCGUGGGGUAAUGUUGCUCCAGAGAACACGCACCGCUACUGGGGUCAUUUGAUCCUGGCGAUAUUUGUCGUUAUCUAUGUCUGCGCCAUCUUCUUCGACGAGCUAAGGAGCUAUAUACGCCUCCGUCAAGCGUAUCUAACAUCCCCGCAACAUCGUUUACGAGCAUCUGCGACAACUGUCCUGGUGACGGCUAUCCCGCAAAAAUGGCUUUCUCUCGAGGCUUUAGAGAAGCUAUACGAUGUUUUCCCUGGUGGAAUCCGGAACAUUUGGAUUAAUCGCAACUUUGAUGAUCUCAACGAGAAAGUCAAAGAGCGAGACAGGCUGGCGUUGAAGCUUGAAACGGCGCUAACCGAAUUGAUCAUCAAAUGCAAAAAGGCUCAAAUGAAGCAGGCGAAAGCAGCAGCGAAAAAGGCCGGGAUCAAAGAUGCCGACAAGAAGGAGAAGGAGGACGCAGAUGCGAAAGCUUCAAGAAUAGCCAUGGGUGCUGGUAUCAGCUCCGGAGACCCUCAUCAAGCCCAUACUCUUCAGGAAAUCUUGCAUGGCGACAAAUUAACUCGAAAAGGAACCAAGACAGACAGACGCAGGCAUAUAAAUCCCCUGGAGCCUGCUAUCGGGUUGGCAGGGGCUGUCGGCCAGGAGGUUGGCAAGCUGGGUAAGUCGGUCUUUGGUACUGUUAUGAGACACGAUCACGCCCAGCAAAAUGGAGACCAGCCUGUAUCAGACGAGUAUACGUCCGACGACAUCGCGACUGCCCACGGCGCGACGGAUCCUACUGACAUAUCUGCGGGAGCUGAAAGAGACUCGCAACCGCGAAGGCCGUUCUGGAGAAGCAGGCCAUCCAACUUAUCCAAAAACAGUAAUCGAACAGAACCAGAUGAGCUGCCCCUUACAGCUCCGGAGACUCCAGUUGUUGACCCAGGGUCGCCUUCCAGCUCAGAAAACGACUCGCCAGUGAGGGCCCGCCCGGACAAAGAUUUUGACCUUGCACGAAACGACGGCGCAGAGACCGAGGAUGAUACGUAUCCGGUGGCAUACAAUGAACAUUUCGAGAAGGAUGAUGCUGGUGAGCCGCUAUGGCAAAAGUAUAUUCGUCCCAAAGACCGUGAAACCAUGCGAUUGCCAAUCUUCGGUAUCAGCUGGAUGCCUUCGCUUUGGCUCAUGGGAAAGAAAGUUGACACCAUCGAUUAUUGCCGCAAAGAAGUCGCUCGCUUGAACUUGGAAAUCGAAAUUGAUCAACAGCACCCCGAAAGGUUCCCACUCAUGAACUCGGCCUUUAUCCAGUUCAAUCAUCAGGUUGCUGCCCACAUGGCUUGUCAGGCAGUCAGCCAUCAUGUGCCCAAGCAAAUGGCUCCCCGCACCGUCGAAAUUUCCCCAGAUGAUGUUAUCUGGGACAACAUGUCAAUCAAAUGGUGGGAGCGUUAUCUACGUACAUUUGGAAUCAUCGCCAUCGUCAUCGGCAUGGUAAUCGGCUGGGCUUUCCCAGUUGCGUUUACCGGUUUACUGUCUCAGCUUUCCUAUCUUGAAGACGCAUUCACGUGGCUGUCGUGGAUAUCAAAACUGCCAGAAUGGUUUAUCUCGGCUGUACAGGGUAUCCUGCCUCCACUAUUUUUGGCUAUUCUCAUGGCAAUUCUGCCACUCCUGCUUCGUUUCCUCUGCCGAGCACAGGGUCUCCACACAGGCAUGGAGAUCGAGCUUACCGUGCAGAAUUACUACUUCGCCUUCCUCUUUGUCCAGCUGUUUCUGGUCGUCGCCAUCUCGUCCAGUAUCACUACCAUCCUCCAAAACAUCACCGAUGUCACAAGCUGGCCGGAUCUUUUGGCGCAGAAUAUCCCCUUAUCAAGCAAUUAUUUCUUCUCUUACAUGAUUCUACAAGCGCUCUCUGUGAGUGCUGGAGCUCUAGUCCAGAUCUUUAGCCUUGUCAGCUGGUUUAUCCUUGCUCCAAUCUUGGAUUCAACAGCUCGCAGAAAAUGGGCCCGGACCACCAAUCUCAACCAGAUGCAAUGGGGUACCUUCUUCCCCGUCUAUACCACCCUUGCAUCAAUCGGAUUGAUAUAUUCGGUUAUUGCGCCUCUGAUCUUGGUGUUCAACAUCAUUACCUUUAGCCUGUUCUGGUUCGUUUACCGAUACAACACGCUAUAUGUCACGAAGUUUCGCUUCGACACCGGUGGUUUACUGUUCCCGCGGGCCAUUAACCAAUUGUUCACUGGUAUCUACGUCAUGGAACUAUGUUUGAUCGGUCUUUUCUUCUUGGUUCGUGAUGUUCAGGGUACCGUUGCCUGCAAGGGACAAGCAAUCGCAAUGAUUGUUGUGAUGGUGCUCACCGCCGGGUUCCAGUUCCUGUUGAAUGAAGCGUUUGGCCCUCUAAUUCGUUAUCUACCGAUCACAUUGGAAGACGAGGCCGUUCGCCGGGACGAAGAGUUUGCCCGCGCACAAAGGGCACGGUUGGGACUUGAUGGUUACGAGGAAGAGGAGGAAGCAGAAGAGGAAAUGGAUACCCUUGAACAUCGACUGAAAGCUCGUGAACGUGCUCAGUUCCAGGAAGAGCAGGAUUCCAGUGACAUUGAAAUGAAGAAGUUUGAAGCCAACGGUGUGUCGAGACGGGCCUCUGGUCUGAGACGCAAGGGGCAGGGCCUCGAUCCUCAGACCGCCGCUAAUCUUAAUUCUUCUCGUCGACCAUCAUGGGCCACCCAUCAGUCUCCCAAUCGGCGUUCUAAAUAUUUUGGUACCAAUUCCGAGCAGGCAGUCCCCACAAUUCAGCGGAUGAGGGAGAAACUUCAGGAAGAUGCUGAAGCCCAGGCUCCUGCAAGAACUCACAAAGGAGCUGCCUUGUUUGCAGGUAUUCACGACGAACUGGAGGAUCUCACCCCUGAUGAGCGUGAUCAACUUGUCCAGCGCGCCUUUCAACACGAUGCACUCCGCGCCAAGCGCCCUGUCAUCUGGAUCCCACGUGAUGACCUUGGAGUUAGUGACGAGGAGAUUUACCGCACUCAGCGAUUCAGCAAGCAUAUCUGGAUUAGCAACGAGUACCAAGCACUUGAUGGAAAGGGCCGGACUAUCUUUAGCCGCAGCCCACCCGACUUCUCUGAGGUGGAUCUCAUUCAACUAUAA